AUGGUGGAUGCUGCAAGUGGUGGCGCACUCGUCAAUAUGACGCCAGAAAAUGCGAGAACUCUAAUCUCUACUAUGGCCACAAACUCGCAACAGUUCGGCUCUUCAAGUGAACCUAGCCGACGGGUUCACGAAGUAAGUACCGUUUCUUUGGAAAAUAAAAUAGAUAAAUUGACUGAUAUUGUCAAUUCUCUUGUCACUGAGGAAAAUGUGAGCGCGAUUACUUUACGAAGUGGUACCGUAAUUUCACCAGAGCCGACAAAAGAGCCUGAGAAAAUCAAAAAAGACAAAGAAGACACUUCUUUGAAGAGUCAAGUAGAAAAAUCCUCGCCUACCUUAGGUAAAGUCAUUCCUAGUCCUUCUUUUUCUACUUACGAGGCUCCUCCUCCCUUCCCAGGAAAGCUUGCAAGGCGUGACAAAAAGGAAGAGGAGAAGCAAAUUUUGGAUAUAUUCAAAAAAGUGGAAAUCAAUAUUCCACUCCUUGAUGUCAUUCGGAAGGUGCCAAAAUAUGCGAAGUUUUUGAAAGACUUAUGCACAAAUCAGAGGCGGUUAUCUAGCAAUGAAAGAGUUAACCUUAACGAGAAUGUUUCGGCCGUUUUUCAAAGACACCUACCACCGAAAUACAAAGACCAAGGGAUGUUUACAAUUCCGUGCAAAAUAGGAAAAGUCGGAAUAAAAAGGGCGAUGUGCGAUCUAGGCGCAUCUAUUAAUGUCAUGCCGCUAAGCGUCUGCAACAAAAUUUCAACAGAACCAUUAAAAGAGACGCGAGUGACGGUUCGAUUAGCUGAUCGGUCAGUUAUCUACCCCGAAGGGGUACUAGAAAACGUGUUGGUAAAGGUAAACGAUCUUAUUUUCCCUGCUGAUUUUUACAUUAUUGACAUGGAAAAUGACCGCAGCAACAACGGAUCAGAAAUCUUGCUUGGACGCCCUUUCUUGUCAACAGCGCAUACAAAAAUCGAUGUCCUUAACGGCAUCUUAACCAUGGAAUUUGACGGGGAAGUGGUUAAAUUCGAUGUGUACAAAGCUAUGAAGUAUCCUGAUUCCAUCGCAAGUUUAAAUUUUGUUGAUAUUAUAGAUCCGUUAGCCGAUGAUUUUAUCGAAACUGAUUUGUUUUAUGAUUUUUGUAGGAAAUUGGAGGAUCUCGAUGAUGAAAGCGAAAUCAUUUCAACUCUUUCCUCCAUUUCUGAUUCUCGAUUAAUUCCAUCUAAACCCCUUCCCUCAAUUUUGCAAGCGCCACAACUAGAAUUGAAGCAACUUCCAUCGCAUCUCAAAUACGAAUUUUCGGGCGAUAACCGAACCUUGCCAAUUAUCAUUUCAAGUGAAUUAUCACGACAGGAAGAGGAAGAAUUGAUUGCUAUUUUGCGCACCUAUAAAAAGGCAAUUGGAUGGACAUUAGCUGAUAUCCAAGGCUUAAGUCCAUCCACUUGCAUGCAUAAAAUUAAAACAGAGGAGAACGCGAAACCAACGAGAGAAUGCCAGCGAUGUUUAAACCCGCCAAUGAUAGAGGUUGUGAAGGAAGAGAUUUAA